UGCGCUUCGCUGGCCUAGAGAGCAGGCACGGUCUCGACAUGCAGAACGAUGCCGGUGAGUUCAUGGACCUGUACGUGCCGCGGAAAUGCUCCGUGAGCAACCGGAUCAUUGGCGCCAAGGACCACACAUCUAUCCAGAUGAAUGUGGCCGAGGUUGACAGGUGUACGGACCGGUUUAAUGGUCGGUUUAAAACCUAUGGUAUCUGCGGGGUCAUUAGCAGGAUGGGCAAGUCAGACGAUUGUACGACUGACUAA